GGUUCCCUGACUGGAAGUGGGGGCGCAGUUUAUUUUCUGAACAUUGGUUACGCCAAUGCCCUUGGCAACUGCACUGGAAGCAAGCCCCCUUUUCCUUAUCUAGGACAGCUGCAAAGGCCUGCGUCAUAAUGGUUGUCUGGAGCUGUGCUAAUAAAUGACUGUUGACAUUUGGGAAUGUUGAAACAAGGUUGCAGAUGAUUCAAAACUUGUAAGGUCGUAACUGCUACUCUUCAAAGAGACAGAAAGUCAAGACGGGAUUGUGGAAACUCUUCUCUGCCAUGCUCUGGUAAUAGGAGGCACCCUCAAUAUAUUAAAUGGAAGAUAAAGGCUACUUCAUCUAAAGUGCUUUUGAGCCUUGGAGAGAGCUUUCUUCAGCACCUCACCAUGUGUCUAUUUUUUGCUGCUUAGACAAGCCUGAACAUUUCUGUAACAUUUGUUAUUGAUGUCGUCGUUGUUGGAUAGGACAGAGAGAAAUGGAGAAGCGACUCCCCUGCAGCAUUCCAUAUUGGAAGAAGAGAUUUCUCCAGAUGAAGAAAAUGCCUUUGUUUAGUAAGUCUCACAAAAAUCCAGCAGAAAUUGUGAAAACACUGAAAGACAACAUGGCCAUUUUGGAAAAGCAAGACAAAAAAUCAGACAAGGCUUCAGAAGAAGUGUCGAAAUCACUGCAAGCAAUGAAAGAAAUUCUCUGUGGUACAAAUGACAAGGAACCCCCAACAGAAGCUGUGGCUCAGCUAGCACAAGAACUCUACAAUAGUGGGCUGCUGGUGACACUGAUAGCUGACUUACAGCUGAUAGACUUUGAGGGGAAAAAGGAUGUGACCCAGAUAUUUAAUAACAUCCUGAGAAGACAAAUAGGCACCCGGAGUCCUACUGUGGAGUACAUUAGUGCUCAUCCUCAUAUCCUGUUUAUGCUCCUCAAAGGAUAUGAAGCCCCACAGAUUGCCUUACGCUGUGGGAUUAUGUUGAGAGAAUGUAUUCGACAUGAACCACUUGCCAAAAUCAUCCUCUUUUCCAAUCAAUUCAGAGAUUUCUUUAAGUAUGUGGAGUUGUUAACAUUUGAUAUUGCUUCAGAUGCCUUUGCUACUUUUAAGGAUUUACUAACCAGACAUAAAGUGUUGGUAGCUGACUUCUUAGAGCAAAAUUAUGACACUAUUUUUGAAGACUAUGAGAAACUGCUUCAGUCUGAAAAUUAUGUCACAAAGAGACAAUCUUUAAAGCUGCUAGGUGAGCUGAUCCUGGACCGACACAAUUUUUCGAUCAUGACAAAGUACAUCAGCAAGCCAGAAAACCUCAAACUGAUGAUGAACCUCCUUCGAGAUAAAAGUCCCAACAUUCAGUUUGAAGCCUUCCAUGUGUUUAAGGUGUUUGUAGCCAGUCCUCACAAAACACAGCCUAUUGUGGAGAUUCUAUUAAAAAACCAACCCAAGCUUAUUGAGUUUCUGAGCAGCUUCCAAAAAGAAAGGACAGAUGAUGAGCAGUUCACUGAUGAGAAGAACUACUUGAUUAAACAGAUUCGGGACUUGAAGAAAACAACUCCUUGAAGCUCUUGCUCAAUUUCUUGCCACAGCCACCAUUUCAUUUGAUGUUUGUAUAAAAAAAAUGUCACUUCUAAAAGUAAUUGUUCUUGGAAAGGCUUUGGAGGUGCCUAUUUUUCUUAAUUCAUUGUUCAGAGUAGAUGGAAUAUAAGCAUUUGAAUGAAACAAAUAGCCUAGAAUAUAUUAUUUUAAUCAAAUCUUUGAUUAUGUGAAAUCCAAGCCAUUGUAUUACACAUUGAUAAAAACCAUAUUAACUUAAUUAUGAAAGGCAAUAGGAUUGUGGACUUAUAGACCAAACUCUUGGUCACUAUGAGCCACUAAGCAGAAGCCCCAAUGAUGGGCAGUCAUCAAAGAGAAUAAAUUCUCAGAGAACUUAACAUAGAUGAGAGGUACAAAAUUGUUUUGCUUGUCUGCACUUAGACAUAACUAGUUUCUUAUGGCAUUGAAAGAGCUGAGAAAAUAAGAUUCAUUUCUUCAAUCAUAUUCUUGUUCCCUGACCAUAUCUUCUGACUACAACUAAUUUUCUAGAGAAUUAUGCCCACUUCCCCACUUAGCUUUUCUUUCUGCUCUCCGUUCUACAUUCCAUCCCAACAGAUCUCCUCAGUAUGUCUGAUUCCUGGUAUGAGUGCAUGUGUGUACACACACACACACACACACCCCACUGUGACCUGCAGUCAGGUUAACAUGCAGCUGAGUAAGUAAAAAUAGGAUGAAUUAACAAGAGUCAUGAGUGCAUAGAGGACCCACACAUUAUGAUGAUCUUUUACACUUGAGAACUUGGAAAAACUGAUUAAGAACCACAGUUCAAACUGUAGUCCCUGCUAUUUCACACUUCUGUAAGUUAGCAUAUGUUUGAAAUAUUCUACUCAUUAUUGUCCUUAUGGGAAAAUAUUUCUGUAGUAAAAGUGUGUUUUAGAGUAGGAGUCAUUGCAUUGGAGUGUCUAGUAUAUAUAAAACUAUGGGUCCAGAAAGUUGCACAGUUCUUUAGCCCACUUUUAUAAAUAAGGGGACAUUGCUGUUGGAAGGCAAAUGGUUAAAUGGAUGAAAAUAUUCUCAAAUGAGGUGUUUAUUUAUUUAUUUUUCUAAGUAGCCAUCACCCUCACUCUAAUUUUCCAUCAAGGCUUUCAGUCAAAAGGUUGAAAACCUGUCAGAUUUUUGUUCUAAAUAGUCUCUUGCACAGUAGGAUUUUUAAAGAGUUAAUCUGAAGUCUUCAAAAAAAAAUAUGGAACAAGAAUUUUUUAAAAAAAGGUUACAUUUUGUUUUUAAACAUCAGGUGUAUAAAAUGGAAGCUGUACUCUAUAAGGCACUAGAAGUACAACUAUUAAUCUGUUGUUUUUUAGAAUUGUUUCCAAAUCAUGGACACUUGCUGCUGCUUUUUUUUUUUUUUUUUUUUAAUAUUGGUUGCUGUUUUCUUCAGCCAGAUAUUUCUCCACCCAAAAAGGAAAAGAUCCCUUCCCAGGACCCUUCUCCAGGUGCAGUACCCACUGGACAUUUUGCAUCUGAAAGGUUACCUGGCAGCGUUCUGCCCUUCUUCAUUGGGGCACAGGUCUGUGCUCUUUGCCUGGUGUGGCUCCUGACACACAUGGUAUGGGACCUUCUCAAAGCAGCUCUAGCCAGUGCCUGUGGGAGGCUUGGCCAACAGCCUAUCUGAUGACCUACAUUCUUUACUUACUGGAGUUGGGUUAUUUUCAUAACAUUCCCUGACAGUCUUGAGUCUCUUAGAAUUUGACUUUUCUGGUUUUGCUUCUUGGAUUAAAUGAGAAGUGUAAAUAUAAAAACCAAAGUAGCAAUAACCACUGGAAAUUUAUUUGGUUGUUCAAUACUGCUGUUCCACAACAUCAUGGGACACAUGUUUUCAAUUGGAAAUUAAGGCCUUGUUAUAAUUCUUUUUUGAUAAGUAAAACAUUUUCUUUCCUAAGGGCUUGAAUUAGUUUUCCUAGCAACCCCUAAUCCUAGUUUAGUACCUGUCAAACAGAAAACUGAGUCUGAGAGGUAAUAAAGUAAGUAGUUGAGGUUUUUUGUUGUGAUACAGUUUUGGAAAUUAUUAAUGUGAGAGGGUGAGCAAGAAGCCCAUAGUCAAAACAUGCUUGUACAAAAUUCACUGUAAAUAUUGCUGAGAACUGAAUUUUUAAAUAGUCCUAUUUAAUAAGUUCUUUCAAGAGCACACAUUUAAAUAAGGUCUGACUAAAUAAAAAGGUGCCAUAUA